AUGAUCGGAAAUUUGUUUUUGUUGAUAUGUUUAUUUGCUGUCAUUAAAUCGGAGAACCCAAGCAAAUCGGAAGAAUUAUCGGAUGAAAAUAAUUUCUUCCCAGGGGAGGUGUUAGAGCAGACAGAAGAAAGUGAUAUUUACGUUAAUACGGCGCUUAAUAAGCAUGGUGAUAAGACUGAUGUCAUCCACAUUUCAAAUGAAAUGGAGACACAUUUAAAUACGACUAUAUCACCUAAUGAUAAUGAAACUGAUUCGAAUGCCACGGCAAGUAAUGCAACGCAACCAACAACGCAUCACUGGCCGUGUCAAUCGUUCAAUAUGGCAAAAGAUAGUGAAUCCUCAUCGACAGUCUUAUUUUCAAACGAAACGGAGUUGGUUAGGUUGUUCCAACAUAUGAACUCUUCAGAGGGGUGUGCAGUGCUGCUUUUUUAUAGUCCGUAUUGUAAAUUUAGCAUGCAAAUGGCGCCUCUAUAUAACGCCAUUGGGCGGUCGUACAAAGAUAUUGUGGUGGCAGCCAUCGACGUGCAGCAAGUCAUGAACAGAGCAGCUAGGUAUGGAGUGUUUGCCAUACCCACUAUGUUUUUCUUUUACGCGGGAAAACCUGUGGGACGAUUUAAUCGAUCGAAAAGGACGAGUAGAAAUUUACAGCAUUUUAUACACAACUUCUCAGGCUUUUAUCCAGCUAUACCUAUAAACAUAACAUCCGCGGAUGAGAUCGGACCGCUAUCUACGGAGGUGAUACAUACAGUAGACUAUAACAUGAUCUUCUCCGUAGGGUUUUUAAUAUUGUAUACGCUUCAUCGUUUGUUAGGUGAAGCUGUGUGGAGAUUACUCUCUCGACUGAUACUAUACGUUAAAUCUUUAUUUACUUUUCAUGAAAAGACGGAUUGAAAUUUUUUAAAUAUAUGCUGUUUGCUUUA